CAAUGUCUUGUCCGUGGGCUCUGCCGCUGGAGGUGGCCUGCCUGCGGUCGGAGGGAGGGAGGCCGUCUCAGAGAAGGCGUGCCCGCCACAGGCACGCCGUCCCGCGGUAGGGGUACCUCCGUCUUCACCAGAGCUUUGGCUUUUGGGGAUAAAAUCGCCAUCGUGGAUCGGAAUGGGGCGCACACCUACAGGGACCUCUACGCUCAAAGCGCCCGUGUGUCGCGGCAGGUCUGUGAGGUGCUCGGGUGCGCCAGUGGAGACCUACAGGAGGCACGGAUCUCAUUUUUGUGCCCCAAUGAUGCCUCCUAUGUGAUUGCCCAGUGGGCUUCCUGGAUGAGCGGCGGCAUAGCUGUUCCACUGUACAGAAAGCACCCUGUGCAGGAACUGGACUAUUUCAUCCAAGACUCCCAGAGUAGCCUGGUCAUUGCAGCGGAAGAGUAUGUGAGGUGCAUAACCCCGAGUGCGGAGAAACUGGGGAUCCCCGUUCUGCCACUUAACGCUGCGGGUGCUCAUGACCAGAGCGAAGAAGAGCUCCCCUCUGCUACAGACUGUCCAGAGUGGAAAGACAGAGGCGCCAUGAUCAUCUACACCAGUGGGACUACAGGGAGACCCAAGGGCGUCCUUAGUACCCAUCGGAACGUGCAGGCUGUGGUAACGGGGCUGGUUGAGAGAUGGGAGUGGACGAAGGAAGACGUUAUUUUCCAUGUGUUGCCUUUACACCAUCUCCACGGAGUGAUCAACAAGCUGCUGUGCCCGCUCUGGGUGGGAGCCACAUGCGUCAUGCUACCUGAAUUCAACGCACAGACGGUUUGGGAGAUGUUCCUCAGCCCCAGAGUUCCCCGGAUCAGCGUCUUCAUGGCAGUCCCCACUAUUUACAGCAAGCUGAUGGAGCAUUACGACAGGCAUUUCUCUCAGCCUCACGUGCAGGAUUUCGUACGUGCCGUGUGCCAGGACAACAUCAGGCUAAUGGUGUCGGGAUCUGCAGCCCUUCCCGUGCCAGUGCUGGAGAGGUGGAAGCACAUCACCGGGCAUACGCUGCUGGAGAGGUACGGGAUGACUGAGGUCGGAAUGGCGCUCUCGAACCCCCUGCACGGCGUUCGUGUCCCAGGGUCUGUGGGGACCCCGCUGCCGGGGGUGGAAGUGCGCAUUGCCACGGAGAGCUCGCGGAGGGACGGGCCUUCCUACACCAUCCACGCUCAAGGCGAUGAACGGGACACCAAGGUGACCCCCGGCUUAGACGGCAAAGAAGGGGAGCUUUUCGUUAAGGGGCCCACGGUAUUUCGCGAAUACUGGAAUAGACCCGAAGAAACAAAAGCUGCUUUCACACCCGACGGCUGGUUCAAAACAGGAGACACGGCCGUAUAUAAAGGGGGCACGUACUGGAUCAAGGGCCGCACCUCUGUGGACAUCAUCAAGAGCGGAGGCUAUAAAAUUAGCGCCCUCGAAGUGGAGCGCCAUCUGCUGGCUCACCCCAGUAUUGCAGAUGUGGCCGUGAUAGGGCCCCCAGAUGUGGUGUGGGGCCAGCGGGUCAGCGCGGUGGUGCAGCUGAAGGAGGGCGAGCUGCUGUCUCUCGAGGAGCUGAGGAGCUGGGCCCGGGACUCCAUGGCGCUCUACACCGUCCCUGCGGAGCUGCUGCUGGUGCAGGAGAUCCCCCGCAAUCAGAUGGGCAAAGUCAACAAGAAGCAGCUGGUGGAGCACUUCUACCCAGCCAGCCCGGGCUGAGCGCAGGAGCCCGCCGAGGUGCCGGCA